CGGAUGCAGACGCUUAGCCACUGGGCCACCCAGCUGCCCCAGACUGAUGGAUCUUUUUAAGUCACUAUGCACUCGUGCAUUUAAAUAGAGUUGAGAUUAUAAUUAUUCUCAUUAGCAGUUUAGAGAAGAUGGAUAUUCAAUCUGUUAUAAAUGACGAAGGCCAGAAGAGAAGAUCUAUUCAGCAUAGGAACUACAGAUAGCGUAACUCAGGCAUAUUCAUUAUGUAUGUGUCAGACCCACACAUUCCUGUUCGGAGCACCCCUACGUAAGGUCCCGUAAUUAUUCUAAGGGACUGCCUAGGCCAAAAAUAUCUACCAGUUCCAUUAAUUAAAUAGGUAAGUCUGAACGACUUAAGUAUUUUAUGUUCUAGCAACUUAAGAGGUAUUGGGAAAAGUAACGUACAGUCCCUACCUUACAGUGGUUCGUCUUAACGAGUUUUGACUUUACAACGUGCAAAAGCAGCAUGCCUUCACGAGAAGCCACACCUCAAGUUCUGAAUGUGGGUCGGGUCUAUUCCCGGGCGAGGGAUCCGUGGCAGGAUCCUCUCUCGGGAUGCUGGGCAGUGGCAGGAGCCCCAGGGUCCAGCCGGCCACACGGUCGCAGGGGUGAGCCCGUCUGCCCUUGGCAGCCGUUCUUUUCCCCUGUCGGCACAGCAGUCCGCAGAGUAACGGAUCCUGAACGCGCCGUUAUAAAAUAGGGUUGGUGUUGGAGGAUUUGACCCAGCUGUAGGCCAGUUCCCGAGUUCGGAGCACGUUUCAGGAGGCGAGCCUUAAGCUAUGGCGCUCGGUAGGUUAGGCUUAUUGAGUGGAUUUCAACAAUAUUUAAACCUAACAGUGGAAAGUUGUGCUUCUCAGUGUGGUCACUGCGGUUAUCAGGACAUAACCUUUACGGUAAAUUGAGGAAGAUCUGUACAUAUGAAUUUGAAGAGAAAACACUUUCAGUUAAGUCACUAAAAUUACUUAGGAAUGGAAGGUGAGUGCCUGUUGGGCACUUGGAAUCAGAGUGGACGCUGCCGUCAUUGGUGCCCGUUGCACACGGAUUUCACAGUGAUGACAGAGCCCCGCGGCUGUGCAGACGUAGCGAGAGCAAACGCUGAAACUGUGGGCUCCGCCCCCACGUUGAGUUCAGCUGUUCCCCUCAGACGCCGCGAGUGUCCUAGAGCGCCCUGCAGGGCCCUUGAGGCCAGACGCGCCUCAGUGCGCCGUGUGGAAACCACAGCUGUGGGUCCUUCCCGUUGCCGUGGACAUCCUUGCCGCAGGGCGACAUGUUGGUGUGAAGUCACCCCCACCCCAGAGCGUUCAGGCGCGGCGCAGGGGGUCUUGUGGCAUUUCCUGUGACCCGCCGCCCAGCCACAUGCAUGGAGGCGCCCCUCUGUUGCCGGCCUUAGUGCUUAGAGGACUUUCUCCUUGGCCUUUGAUUUCAGCCACAUUGGGGCUUAAGACCCGGCUUGGACUUCAGUAAACCAUUGUGAUGUGCAGUUUCCCUUCCUGUCUCUGGAGCAGGUUUAGUCCAACCAAAGACGGUGUCAGUCUGUCCAGACCGAUGUGAGCUCGCUCAGCCGGUCAGAGAGCGCCGUCUGCUGUUGCUGCUAGCUCCCCGCUGUCAGGACUGAAACACGCCAGAGGCUCGGGGCUUCCUGCCCUUCCCGGGCACCGACUCUGUGUGUCUUUAUGGGGCUGGGCAUGGAGGAGCGCACCCCUGACUGCCCACUGCUGCUGCUGGCCUUGGCCAUCGUGGAGGCCAAGAGAACGUGGUCCCAUUGUGUGCACGCUCUGAACCGGGGCCUCUGGAGGCCUUGGGCGCUGGCUCCUCUGCAAGGUCACGUUCCCCCGUCCACGGGAGCGAGCCUCGGGGAGCUACGGGCCUCUGAGCAUGAGGAAGAAACGCGCCUGUCCGCUGAGUUUGGGAGUGCGGGUCACCUAACGAGCCGACUGAUGGAGGAAACGCAGCAAGAAGAGAGUGUUGAUACCAGUCAAUCAGAGAAUAUCGAUUCCUGAUUCUUCUAAGAAUUCCUAUUGCCAUCAUAGAAGUUGACCUUCAGGUGAGUGUCUGGUGCCCUAAGGGCAGUGUGACACGGGGCCCCUGGAAAGUGGGUGCUAGGCCUAGAGGCCACUUGGGAAGAGCCUUUGCCCGUCCCAGCUGGGUGGGUGCCUGGGACCGGGAGGGUUGUGAGCCGGUGUCCCGGCAACAGAGGGCCAGGGGCCGCCUUGGGCUGGCGACUCUUACAGGGGCUUGUCUUCUGGCGGGUGGAGGAGGGAGAACACCCAGAGCCCUUCACUUUGCUGUCUGGCUCUCUGGACACUGGGAAGAGGGUUUUGAGUCUCACCCCGGCCUGCUCAGCACAGCCCACAGAAACGGGAUUACUGAGACUCGGACUCCACCAGCCGCUCCUGGUCGGACGCUGGGGAACGACGGGGCACGGUCCUACUGCAGACUCAGACAUAAACACCCCUCCUGCAGGAUGAGGGGUGCCAGGCUGACGGGGGCACUGCUCGCCUUGGCCGGCCUGCUGCAGGUGGCCCUGUCCCUAAAAAUAGCAGCCUUCAAUAUCCGGACUUUUGGGGAGACCAAGAUGUCCAAUUCCACGCUCUCUCACUACAUCGUGCAGAUCCUGAGUCGCUACGACAUUGCCAUCGUCCAGGAGGUCAGAGACAGCCACCUGACAGCCGUGGGGAGGCUGCUGGAUGCUCUCAACCGGGAUGACCCAGACACCUAUCAUUAUGUGGUCAGUGAGCCUCUGGGCCGCAGCAGCUACAAGGAACGCUACCUCUUCUUGUUCAGGCCUGACCAGGUGACCGUGCUGGACAGCUACCAGUAUGACGACGGCUGCGAGCCCUGCGGGAAUGACACCUUCAGCCGCGAGCCCGCCAUCGUCCGGUUCCACUCCCUGCUCACCAAGGUCCGGGAGUUCGCCAUUGUUCCACUCCAUGCGGCCCCCCUGGACGCGGUGGCAGAGAUGGACUCACUCUAUGACGUCUACCUGGAUGUUCGGCAGAAGUGGGACCUGGAGGAUGUCAUGCUCAUGGGUGACUUCAACGCUGGCUGCAGCUAUGUGGCCCCCACCCAGUGGGCCUCCAUCCGCCUGCGCACAAGCCCGGCCUUCCAGUGGCUGAUUCCUGACACGGUGGACACCACAUCCACGGCCACGCACUGUGCCUACGACAGGAUCGUGGUGGCCGGAACAGUGCUCCAGCACGCCAUCGUUCCAGACUCGGCUGCCCCCUUUGACUUCCAGGCUGCCUACGGCCUCAGCAACCACCUGGUAUGUGUCCUUCCCUUCAGCUCUCUUGGGGCUCCGGCCUGCACCCCGGGGACGUGCGGCUGUCUCCGUUCUCUGCACCGACAUCAGAGAGCCGUGGGGGGCCGAGCAGGCAAUACUGUGUGCAGAGCAGGUCGUGCGCCCCCGUCCUCACUGUGCGCUUCCCCACAGGCCCAGGCCAUCAGCGACCAUUACCCGGUGGAGGUGACGCUGAAGAGGGUGUGACGUGAGCGGAGCCCGGGACGCAACCUCCACCCGCUACAGCUUUGCCUGUCCUCGUGCUCACACGUCGGGGCUGAGGACGUCCCCUACACACGGCGCCGCGGGAGUGGCCUGGUCGCUCCCUCUGCCUCCGCAGUGAGUGUGGGGUUCAUGGCAACCCAGCGCCCUACCUACCUUUGCAGUCCCGACACCAGUUCACCGCUUAGAUUAACACAGGUUUUUAAGUAAAAAAUGAUUUUAAGUAAAUAAAGCUCACAGCGGGUGUUGUCACAGGUGGCACCACCUCCUUU